AUGGCUGCGGUGGAGCGGACCCCGGUCAGGGAAGGGAUCCGAAUAUUUGUCCUGUGUGUGUUCUGGUACACGGUGAGCUCAGGAGGCAACAUUGUCAACAAAAUCAUCCUUAAUGGAUUCCCGUACCCGGUCACGGUCUCGCUGUUCCACAUCAUGUCAGUCGUCAUUUUCCUCCCGCCGUUGCUGCGGGCAUGGGGAGUCCCCAAAACAGAACUGCCUAGCAGGUACUACCGGUGGUAUAUCCUGCCGUUAGCUUUUGGGAAAUACUUUGCAUCCGUGUCGGCUCACUUCAGCAUAUGGAAAGUGCCCGUUUCGUACGCGCAUACAGUGAAAGCCACGAUGCCGAUAUGGGUGGUACUGUUAUCAAGAAUUAUCAUGAAGGAGAAGCAAACAACAAAGGUGUACAUAUCGCUCAUCCCCAUCAUCGGUGGAGUGCUGCUGGCCACCGUCACGGAGCUUUCCUUCGACGUUUCAGGAUUAAUCAGCGCUCUCGCCGCCACGCUCUGCUUCUCCCUGCAGAACAUUUUUUCCAAAAAGAUGUUGCGUGACACAAGAGUGCACCACUUGAGGCUCCUCAACAUCCUGGGCUUUAAUGCUGUGAUCUUCAUGCUGCCCACCUGGGUUCUGGUGGACCUCUCUGUGUUCCUUGUGAACGGAGAUCUGUCAGACGUUUCGGGAUGGACGAGCACCUUCGUCCUCCUCCUCAUCAGCGGCUUCUGCAACUUUGCACAGAACGUCAUCGCUUUCAGUAUUCUCAACCUGGUCAGCCCGCUCAGCUACGCCGUGGCCAACGCCACCAAGAGGAUCAUGGUCAUCAGCAUAUCGCUGUUGAUGCUGCGUAACCCGGUCACGCUCACAAACGUCAUGGGCAUGAUGACCGCCAUUGUCGGGGUCUUCCUCUACAACAAGGCCAAGUAUGAUGCCAACCAUGAGAAGAAGCUGCUGCCGGUCAGCCAGCAGGACUUGAUGUCCUUCGACAACCCCAUGCUGGAGAAGACCCAGUCCAACGGGUCAGUGCCUUUCUCCCACGGCAACAACAUUCUGACCGACCACUUCCAGUACAGCCGGCAGGCCUACACGACAAACCACACCAACAACCACCAGUAUGUGGUCUAAUGGAGGGCUCGGACCUCCGACUGGGUCGAGAUUCUUGUGUGCCGCCCUUCGGGCAACGGGUCCUGUCGUGUGCUUUAUACUUGAGACUGAAGGCACGUCCUAUUGGUCAUAAAUAUUUAAAACCGAGCAGAUAAGCAGGCUGUGAAAGGGCCGGAGAUGCUUCUCAUUUUCUAAACCUCAUAUUUUUACAGCCCUGCUGUUUCCUGUUUGUUUUAUGUUCAACAACUCGGAGGACAUUCAUCAGCCAAUUUCAGUUAGAUUAAACUUUAUUAUGUAGACGGGUCAGAUUUCUUUUAGUUGUCUGGAAAAGGCAAAUAUUAGCUUUUGUCUUUUUUUUUAAAGGUGACAUAUCAUGCAAAAUCUACUUUUUUUGCCAUUAAGUACAUUUUGUUUUAUAC